AUGGCGCGGGGCGGCCACGGCGGGGCAGACGAUGAUGUGCAGCCCUACCGGCCACUGAAGGCGACGUCGGAGGGGGUGUGGCAGGGCGACAACCCGCUGCACUUCUCGCUGCCGCUCCUCAUCCUGCAGAUCUGCCUCGUCCUCGCCGUCACCCGCGGCCUCGCCUUCGCCCUCCGCCCGCUCCGCCAGCCGCGCGUCAUCGCCGAGAUCAUCGGCGGCGUCCUCCUCGGGCCGUCGGCGCUCGGCCGGAGCAAGGUCUUCCUCCACAACGUCUUCCCCAGGGAGAGCCUCAUGGUGCUCGACACGCUGGCAGCCAUCGGCCUGCUCUUCUUCCUCUUCCUCGUCGGCCUGGAGCUGGACCCGGCGUCGCUCCGCCGCACCGGCCGCCGCGCCCUGGCCAUCGCCGUGGCCGGCAUGUCCCUCCCCUUCGCGCUCGGCGUCGGCUCCUCCCUCGUCCUCCGGGCCGCCAUCGCGCCCGAUGCCCCAUGUGUCCCGUUCAUCGUCUUCAUGGGCGUCGCGCUCUCCAUCACGGCCUUCCCCGUGCUCGCCCGGAUCCUCGCCGAGCUCAAGCUGCUCACCACCGAGAUCGGCCGCAUGGCCAUGUCGGCGGCGGCCGUGAACGACAUCACGGCGUGGAUACUGCUCGCGCUCGCCAUCUCGCUCUCGGGCAACAGCUCGCCAUUCGUGUCGAUCUACGUGCUCCUCUCCGGCGCCGCCUUCGUUGGCCUCGCCACCCUGCUCGUCAGGCCGCUGCUCCUGUACAUGGCGCGCCGGUCCCCCGAAGGUGAGCCGGUCAAGGAGUCGUUUGUCUGCGGCGCCAUGGCCAUCAUCCUUGCUGCCGGACUCGCCACCGACACCAUCGGUAUCCACGCGCUGUUCGGCGCGUUCGUCAUCGGCGUGCUGGUCCCCAAGGAAGGCGCCUUCUCCAGCGCGCUCACCGAGAAGAUCGAAGACAUCGUGUCGUCGCUGUUCCUGCCGCUCUACUUCGUCUCCAGCGGGCUCAAGACGAAUGUGGCCACCAUCACGGGCGCCAAGUCGUGGGGGCUCCUCGUGCUCGUCAUCAUGACGGCGUGCGUCGGCAAGAUCGGCGGCACAGUGCUCACAUCGCUGCUGAUGCGGGUGCCGGUGCGCGAGGCGGUGGCGCUGGGGCUGAUGAUGAACACCAAGGGGCUCGUGGAGCUCAUCGUGCUUAACAUCGGACGCGACCGCAAGGUCCUCAACGAGGAGGCAUUCGCCAUCCUCGUGCUCAUGGCGCUCGUCACCACCUUCCUGACGACGCCGGCCGUCACCGCCGUGUACAAGCCGGCCCGGCGGCAGUCGUCCUACACGCACCGCACCAUGGAGCGCGAUGACGCCGAUGCCGACAGCGAGCUGCGGGUGCUCGCGUGCUUCCACGCCAGCCGGGGCAUCCCGACGCUGAUCAACCUGGUGGAGGCGUCGCGUGGCACGCGGCGGAGCAACCUCACCAUGUACGCCAUGCACCUGGUGGAGCUCUCGGAGCGGUCGUCGGCGAUCUCCAUGGUGCAGCGCGCGCGCCGCAACGGCUUGCCGUUCUCGGGCCGGCUCGGGCGGAAGGACGUGGGCGGGGAGGAGGUGCAGGUGGCGUUCGAGGCGUUCCACAGGCUGAGCGCCGUAACGGUGAAGCCGAUGACGGCCAUCUCCGACCUGGCCACCAUCCACGAGGACAUCGUCAACUCGGCGGUGCAAAAACGCGCCGCCGUCAUCGUGCUCCCGUUCCACAAGAUACUCUGCCACGACGGGACGAUGGAGGCGUGCGUGGACCGGGCGUACCACCACGUGAACGUGCGGGUGCUCCGGAAGGCGCCGUGCACGGUGGCGAUCCUCGUGGACCGGGCGCUCGGCGGCAUGGCGCAGGUGUCGGCGCCCGACGUCUCCUACACCGUGCUCCUACUCUUCUUCGGCGGGCCCGACGAUCGAGAGGCAUUGGCCUACGCCGCCCGCAUGGCCGAGCAUCCCGGUAUCGUUCUCACCGUGGUACGCUUCAGCGCGGCUGCUGCCGCGGCGGCGGAGCUCGCCGACGUGGACGAGGAAGCCAUACAGAAGCACGUCGUCCCCGGCGAGUCGGUGAGCUACGAGGAGGUAGAGGCGCGGGAGAGGCUGGAGGUGGCGGCGGCCAUCAAGGCGUUUGGGAGGGGGAAGAAUCUGGUGGUGACCGGGCGGUCGGCGCAAGCGAUACCCCUGAUGGAGAAGACCGACUGCCCGGAGCUUGGACCCGUGGGGAGCUACCUGGCGACAACAGAGUUCUCGGCGACGGCGUCCGUGCUCGUGGUGCAGCGGUACGACCGGAGGAAUGACCCGACCUCGGCGCCGGCGGACGAGGAGGUAGAGGACACAGUGGUGCGCGCUCCGAUGCCAUCUCCGGCCUACACGCCCGCCAGGACGUCGCCUGAAAACCAAACAAAUAUAACAACGGCAUGA